UCGUGUCUCAAACGUCACAUCAAGGAAGAGUCAAAUGGGGCCGAGAGAGGAAGACCUUAAAGCCACAUCCUGAGAGAGUCUGCAGCCGACAGCCUCACAAACUCUUCUAUAGGUCACUUUGUUGAAAAUGCGAAACCGCAGCUCUCAGUGACGCCAUGACGGACCCGAGACCAUUUCCUCCUCUUCCUCCUCCCCCUUCCUCCUCCGCAUCUCCCAGAAUGCACCACUGCACUCUGCCUCCCCCCGUCAUCACCUCCCCUCCUCCUCAUCAUCAGCCCAUCUCACAGUUUAUGAACCAUUCUAACCAAUCACAAACACAGCACCAUUUCGCAGGGCAGAAUUUAGACACGGCUUUGGAGAGCAGUGACUGGAGCCCAGCACAGUUUCCCAGCAUGCUUAGCGACUACAUCUGCCCAGAACAGAAUUGGGAUCUCCACACGUCAAAUCUGUUCAACUCUGCUUUAAACUAUGACUCAUUUCAGUCUGAAGUUUUCCACUAUCCCGAUCCUCAAUGUCAUCAACCCAACAAUGUUUACUCCCAAACCUCCUCCACGGCCAACUUGUCCCACUGGGGGGCGAUGGAGCCGACCACACCCCAGAUUCAGUGCUCAUCUCUGGGCUACACCUCCAGAGACGCCACCCUGGGAUCCUGGAGCUCUACGGAAUAUAACUUCACUUCAAAUACAGACAAUUUUAUUCCGUUUUAUCCAAACAGCUACCAGGAAAACCAGUCUUUCCUGAGUCCAUCCACACCAGGGCCUAGUCCACAUUAUCCUCCCUCCUUUGUGACGAGUCCGACUGGUGAAAACAGCAUGGAGAGACUGGGAUAUCAAACGUUUGUGGAGCCGGGAACAUUUACUGUAAAUUCUGAAAUCACAAGUGUCCAAAACGACGUGAUUUACAAACAGACACAGCCGAAGAAGACGACAAGAGGAAGAGGAGGAGGAGGAGGAGGAGGAACGAGACCACGCAAGAGUCGGACAUACAGAAAAAAGAUCAAAGACUCACCUGAGCCGUCUGUACCUGUGGAUGUUGCGGUUGUGACGCCUCUUUCAUUACCGCAGCGCUGUGGUGUGAGGAAGGAGGAGUCAGAGUUGGCAGGUCACAGGGAACAGACUCAGAAUCGCAGCCUGAUGAGCGUGAUCACAGACGGGGACAGGAGUCACUACAGGCCUCCCCCGAUCCUCAGCCCCACCAGAGCAGGGGCCGGGCUGCACUGGGCUGUGGCAGACAAAUGCAGCGCUGUUUUGAUGGCGACGGCUUCAUCGGGAACACUAACCUCAGGACCCAUUGCACCGUGUAUCAAUAUUGGGCGGAGCUUCCAGGCCCAGAUUCCACCCCUCAGAAACAGAAGACAUGUCCACUGUGACUCCCACAAUGCACUGCUACUGUGGAGGCCACUGAAUGAGACGGAGCCAUCUGAAAAUCAGCAAAGAGUGGAGGCGUUGCUGAAGUUGGCUCAGUCCAGUGCAGUGCCAAAAGGCGGGACUAAGCCUGAAGACGUGCUCCUGCUCCUAUCACAGAAUAGAGGGGACUUCCUGCUCACACUGGAAAAGUUGCUGACACUUCCCAAAAGCAUCAACAAAAGACAGGCUCCCAAACGGCACUCUCCAAUAACACACAACUACAUCUAAUGUGUCUACUCCAGGGAAAUGUCUGUU